GGGACUUUGAUUUAUCAAGGUCAUUUUACGAAGAGCGCGUUAUGUGUUGUCGCUGAGUCUGUGGAGGGUUCGCCGUGUAUUGUCGUAUACCUAUUAACUCUUAGAAGCACUAAAGAUCUCCAAAACACUCGUUUUCAUCCCCAAUGACUAAAAGCGCUGAGGGAUUGGUAUCAGUCGUUCUUGGUGCUCAGUGGGGAGAUGAAGGGAAAGGGAAGUUGGUGGACCUUUUGAGUGAGUCCUCCGGUGUGGUCUGUAGGUGUCAAGGGGGAAACAAUGCAGGCCAUACCGUUGUUGCUGGAGGACAAGAGUAUUUCUUUCAUCUAUUGCCCAGUGGUAUAGUAAACCCUAAUGUUUUAGCUGUGAUUGGCAACGGUGUUGUUGUCAAUUUGCAAGCUCUUUUCCAAGAGAUAGAUGAGGCUGUGGGCAAAGGGUUGUUGGAUGUAGCUUCUCGUUUACGGAUAUCUGACAGGUGCCACUUGGUAUUUGACAUCCACCAAGAGAUCGACCGCAUGGAGGAGGAAUUACGGGGUGUAAAUUCUCUUGGCACGACUAAAAAAGGUAUUGGUCCGACGUAUUCUUCAAAAGUAACUCGCAAUGGUCUGCGUGUAUGUGAUCUCAUGGGAGACUGGGUACAGUUCACAGCAAAAUACAGAGAACUAGUAAAUUAUGUUAAAAGAAGAUAUCCAAAACUUGAGACUAGUGUUGAACAAUCAUUAGAGCAACUGAAAACCUAUCGACAGAAGUUGUCGGGGAUGGUGUGUGAUUCGGUCACACUGAUUAAUAAACUUGUGGAAAGUAAGCAGGCAAAUAUUUUGGUGGAGGGCGCUCAAUCCUGCAUGCUGGACAUUGAUUUUGGAACAUAUCCUCAUGUCACCUCUUCGAAUUGUAGUGUUGGAGGUGUAUGUACUGGCCUGGGGCUUUCUCCUUCUCGUGUUGGUCCUGUAUAUGGUGUUAUCAAAGCUUAUACAACACGGGUCGGCUCUGGUACUUUUCCUACUGAGUUAUUAGAUGGGAUUGGUGAGUUCAUUCAAAAGAAAGGAUGUGAAUGGGGUGUGACCACUAAACGUAAACGACGGAUCGGUUGGUUAGAUACAGUAGUUAUACGAUAUGCACAUAUUAUCAAUGAUUUUAACGCCCUGGCUUUGACGAAGAUUGACGUCUUGGAUGACCUAGAAGAGGUGAAAAUAGCUAAAGCGUACGUUGAUCCAGAAACUGGAUGUGAACUUGACAGCUUUCCAUCUGACUCUUCUGUUCUCAAUCGUGUAGUUGUGGUUUAUGAAACUCUUCCUGGAUGGAAAACGUCUACACAUGGUUGUCGUGUUUAUGAGAAACUGCCAACUGCUGCCAAAGUUUUUGUAGAAACAGUUGAGAAAUUGCUUAAUAUACCUAUACGUUGGAUUGGAACAGGCGCUUCUCGUGACUCCAUUAUAAUUAGGUCUGUUUAAUGUCAAAAUUUUAAAACUGUAAAAUAGUUAACUCGUAGAUUCAGCUUGAUUAAAUAAAUUAGGUGUAGAACUUUUAUGUGUUCCCAUUUCUACAACAUAAACCCACUUUUUCUACAGAAAUUAUCUUACUUUUACCCGUUAUACUUGACUACAUUACACUCACCACGUCAACUUAGUUUGGUCAUGUUUUCUGAUUUAAUUUUAACUUUCAGAUUUUCAUUUGUCAUAAAGAUUAUUAUCAUUUAUUUAAUCAUCCUCUAAAUUUUUGAUACUUCCCAGUUUUUUUUAUUGUUUUUUUGUUUUGAUUUGUGAAAUCUCAUUGUCACUUUAAAAGUAAUUCCUUUGAGAUUAUUGUUAGAUGCAAUAAUUAGUGUUUUAUUAGUUAAAUUAAUGACUUUUUUCGUUAGACCGGUUAGUUUACAUAUUUAUAUACAUUUUUUUGUUGGAGCUGUAAAUUGUCGCUCCAUGUAAUUGAAUUUCAACUGUUUUAAAUAAUCCGAUGCUGUUCUACUUAUAUUAGUUUGAGAAACUAUAUAGUGUUCUUAACCUCGUAAUAUACGUUUAAGUCAUUUUCCAACAUUUUAGACUGGAUAAUAUCUGAUUUACUCAUAUUGUAUAUUGGUUAACUUUACCAAAAAGUAAUGAUUGUAGUAUUUAUUAAGAUGGCACUAGUUUUGUUUCAACAUUACUUAUCUGUUGGAGGUUACCAUGAAAUUUUAAGAACGUUUAAUCAUGACAGUAGCUGAUUUGUGACUGUUGUUUAGACUUCAUAAUAAUCAGUUUUAGGAUCAUACAGGCCUCCUUUUUAGGAAUAAACACGCUUCCACAUGACCAUCGAAUACAUUAGUUAGGAUUUUGUAUUCAUGUCCUCAUUAUAGUAACAUUUUAUAACUACCUCGGUCAGCACCUUGUAUCUUGUUUCUCAUUCGUUUGGCUUGUACAACAAAUUCAAUCAGCUUAGUUGGUUCUUGAUGUCCUGUGCUGAGAAUUCUAUAUUGUACCAAAAUAUAAUAUUGAAUAAAGCCAUUAAUUAAUAAUAAUUAAGUUGCCCAUUCUACAUAGGAUUCUUAUUCAUCUGAAUUUAGCAGUUCAGUCGUUACUGCACAUGUGAUGACUCCUUCAUAGUAAUCUUUGAUCAAAUACUUUUAGUCUCAAGUCGUCUAGGUUUAGUAAAUAUGUCACAGCUGCAAUUUGGCCAUAAGGAAAUCACAAGUAAUCUUGACAUUUGGUUGCUAAUAUUUGUCACGGUUUUCCGGGCUGAUUUGAAGCUACUACAUGAAACAUUCGGCAUGGUCUUGAGAAUUCAUAACUACAUCGUCUGAGACGUUAAAUAUUGUCAGGUGCUAGGCGAAAAUAUACAAAACCAAAUAUUCCCAUUUGUCGCAUGUAAGAGGUAGUAUUUUAGAAUUCUUUUGUUCCAAAACAAAUCGAUUGGUUUGUGAUCUAGUUUAUACUUGUUGCAACAACUCACCACUGAUUACACUAGAAAUAUCAAUCCACAAUCUAAUGAAUAAUGAAAGACAAGUGGAAACAACAGCAUGAUGCUAAAGUCAACAUGCAAUGGCCAUUUUUCGAAUUUAGUCUUUAUGUAUAGCAAAAAACAUUUUGGUGUCAUUGGUCACCAGAUAUUGAAGUACGCAGGCGGUGCUGAAAUCGCCUUGAUUAGUGAGUUUUACUCAAGAGUUUCUCUAAACUCCUUGGGCACUAGGUUAAUGCUCACGCGUUCUGAUUCCUGAUAAAUCGAAUGUUUAAUGUACUUACUGUGUUCAUCGACUAACGUGGGAUUUAACCUGGUGUUAUUCCACUGCCAUUUGGAUUAUACCUUUGGUUCAGCUGGGGUUGAUCCAUUACGUAGACCAUCUACGAUUUGGGGAGUAUAACUGCAGUCACACAAUUGAUGGUAUCCACCAAUAAUUUGCCCAUUGAUAAACAUAAAAAUAGUAGUCAUUCAGUAUCAUGAACUAACUAAAUAGUAUUGCGUCGCCCCUCAUCUGUUAGUUUGACUGUUGGAUUCACUGGAUACGAUCCUAUAUAACUAAUCUUGGUAACAGAUCGUUCCUCUGAAUAAUCACCGAACAAUUUGAUCACACAUAUACUUGUUAAGACAUUUUUAUAUGAAAAUUAAGAAGUCAACUAGACAGGUUAAAGGUAAGAAAUAACAAUAAUAAAGUACACAAAAACAAUGUGAUUACCACUCUGGAUAAUAAAUUAGUAUUACCAGGGUAGGCUAAGGGUAAGGACAAAUUGUUUUUGAACGCAUAAACGGGGUUUCGAUUUCCGUAUAGCCAAGGCUUCAAUAAACCUGAUAAACUUCGUCUUCUCAUUCCAUUAUCGAAAUUUAUCAAAUGGACUAUUUGUUUUAAAUAAUAAUUUAUCACUUCAAUAGUCGGAAUCACAAGUCGAUUGAAGCUAGACCACCAUGGAAAACCUGAAAGCACUGGGUGACCGUUUCGUCCUAGUAUGGGACUACUCAGCAGUGCUCAUCCACGACCCCGCCCCCCGCAAGAUCCGAACCCAGAACCUGUCAGUCUCGCGUGCGAGCGCUCAAACAUUAGAUCACUGAGACGUCACUUAACUGUGUUAAUAUCUAACUUCAACCAAUCCACGAAAUUGCGCCUGGACUGAUAGGUCCUGGGUUCGAAUCCCGCGGGGGGGGGUCGAGAUCGUGGGUGCGCACUGCUGAGGAGUCCCAUACUAGGACGAAAAGGCCGUCCAGUGCUUCCAGGUUAUCCAUAGUGGUCUAGCUUCAAUUUAUUCGUGAUUUCAACCAUCGAAAUUACUAAAAUCUCCACAAAACCCCUUUUGAAAAUUUAUCAUUUCUCUAACUAUCUAUUCUAUU